GUCUCAACUACCAUGGAUGCAGUACCUUAUUCUCUCGUGUUAAUAGUCCUGUUCUUUGGGACUAUGAUUCAAGAAAAUGAUGCCCUGCAGUGCUAUUGCCAGCGCUGUCUCAACUCUACGUGCACCACGGACGGUCUGUGCUUCGUGACUGUCAUGAAGUCUGGCAGCCGGCUCACCACCGAGCGCAGCAUGUGCGUGCACGAGAGCGAACUGAUCCCCCGUGACCGCCCCUUCAUCUGCGCGCCCUCCACCAAGGACGACACAGGCAUCUACCCAAUGUGCUGCGCCUCCGACUGGUGCAACAAGAACCCCAACCUCAGCGUCUUCCCAGUGCCGACAGUGAAGCCGGUUCCUCUGGGGCCUGUGGUUCUGGCGGCAGUGAUCGCGGGGCCCGUGUGCGUGCUGUGCUUCGUGCUGGUGCUGGUCUUCUACGUUUGCCACAGCCGGGUGGGUGUGCAUCAACGCGUGCCCAACGAGGAGGAUCCCUCCAUGGAUCACCCCUUCCUCACCGUGGGUUCCACUCUCAAAGACCUCAUCUACGACAUGACCACCUCUGGCUCCGGCUCUGGUCUGCCCCUACUGGUACAGAGGACCAUAGCCCGGACCAUCAUCCUUCAGGAGAGCAUCGGGAAGGGCCGCUUCGGCGAGGUGUGGCGGGGCAAGUGGCGAGGCGAGGAGGUGGCGGUCAAGAUUUUCUCCUCCCGUGAGGAACGUUCGUGGUUCCGUGAGGCCGAGAUCUACCAGACGGUCAUGCUGCGUCACGAAAACAUCCUGGGCUUUAUCGCCGCCGACAACAAAGAUAACGGGACAUGGACCCAGCUGUGGCUGGUGUCAGACUACCACGAGCACGGCUCUCUGUUUGACUACCUGAACCGCUACACAGUCACCGUGGAGGGCAUGAUCAAACUGUCACUGUCCACCGCCAGCGGUCUGGCCCACCUCCACAUGGAGAUCGUUGGCACGCAAGGGAAGCCGGCCAUCGCCCACAGGGACCUGAAAUCUAAGAACAUCCUGGUGAAGAAGAACGGGACUUGCUGCAUUGCCGACCUGGGCUUGGCCGUGCGCCACGACUCUGCCACCGACACCAUCGACAUCGCCCCCAACCACAGAGUAGGGACCAAAAGGUAUAUGGCACCAGAGGUGCUAGACGACUCGAUAAACAUGAAGCAUUUUGAGUCGUUUAAGAGGGCAGAUAUCUACGCCAUGGGCUUGGUGUUCUGGGAGAUAGCCAGUCGAUGCUCUCUGGCAGGCAUCGUUGAAGACUACCAGCUGCCAUACCAUGACCUGGUGCAGUCAGACCCUUCUGUGGAGGAGAUGAGGCGGGUGGUGUGUGAUCAGAAGCUACGACCCAACAUUCCAAACAGGUGGCAGAGCUGUGAGGCUCUGCGGGUGAUGGCUAAGAUCAUGAGGGAGUGCUGGUACGCCAACGGAGCCGCCCGCCUCACAGCGCUGCGUAUCAAGAAGACCCUGUCCCAGCUCAGCCAAUCAGAGGGCAUCAAGAUGUAGACAUUUCCUUUAGUCUUGUUAUAUUAUUCUGAAUAUUAUUAUUUUCAUCGUCAUCAUUGGUUCUCUUCGGGCUGCUCCUCUUGGUUUGAAAGGGGAGGCGAUGCAGCGUGGUGAGGUUUUACUCUGAUACCCCCUAACCCCUCUCUAAACGCGGUCAUCCUUAUAUUUGUCGCCGUGCCGACCGCCGCGAUUUUAUGUCUCUCAGAGGUGGAUGGAUCUGAUGGAGGGAUGUUGUCAGAGUGUGAUUUUUUUUUUUUUUUUUUUGGGGGGAGAGAAGUGGUAUGUAUGGCUGGGUGAUAAAGCUGUCCCCACUACACACCACCACCAACCUGUGUCAGUUCAGACACCAACCCCCUGUACUCACGAUUGGUGGGAUCUCCUCACCCAGUGCUCGUGAAGGACCUAUAACAGUGAUUACAGACAGCCGUAGUCCCGCCCUGCCACAGACCCAUCAGCAAACUGGAGGAAAGGAUCAUCAAAACACCAUACAGAAACCCCCAGGUUUCAUGACUGCUGGUCGUAACAUUCAGGGGUCAAUGCCUCCAUUCAAACAACAAGUGUUACAUUCUGUCACUGGCUGUGGUGGCUCGGACUCAACGAGAGGAAAAGACUGAAGCAACAAACUUUAGUUUUAUUUAGGACCAUCUGGUACUUGUGAACAAUUGUUUUCUUGUAGUUAUUUGUGUGUGUUUCCAUGGAGAGGUGCUGUGGACUCGUGUCCAGAGCAUGUCGCACCGUGUGUUUCUCCCUCUUUUCUCCAUGUAUCACUGUACCGAGGGACUACAGGUCUGUUUAACUUAUUUGCUUAGAUUGUUUGCAACAACAAAAAAAACAACUGGACAUGACCUCAUUCAGUCUUCAAACAGCCGGACAUGACCUCAUUCAGUCUCCAAACAGCUGGACAUGACCUCAUUCAGUCUCCAAACAGCUGGACAUGACCUCAUUCAGUCUCCAAACAGCUGGACAUGACCUCAUUCAGUCUCCAAACAGCCGGACAUGACCUCAUUCAGUCUUGGCGAACAUGCUAUGACAUAUGCAAUAUAGAUAGUGUAUCUAUUUUAUAUACUCUGUUCUGCUGCUACUACAACGUCAACUACAACCGCUCGACAGUCGCCACCAUGCCUUCCAAGCCAGGUGUUAACUGGUGCCACUGCUUUAAACCUACCCCUUAAACCCUCAUGUUGGUUUGUGUCUGUGUGAGAUUGUAUGGAGUAUUGACAGAGGCCCUCAGCUGGAGGAGCAGCAUGGAGUAGACCCUCUCAGAGCUGGAGGAGCAGCAUGGAGUAGACCCUCUCAGAGCUGGAGGAGCAGCAUGGAGUAGACCCUCUCAGAGAGCUGGAGGAGCAGCAUGGAGUAAACCCUCUCAGAGAGCUGGAGGAGCAGCAUGGAGUAGACUCUCUCAGAGCUGGAGGAGCAGCAUGGAGUAGACCCUCAGAGCUGGAGGAGCAGCAUGGAGUAGACCCUCUCAGAGCUGGAGGAGCAGCAUGGAGUAGACCCUCUCAGAGCUGGAGGAGCAGCAUGGAGUAGACCCUCUCAGAGAGCUGGAGGAGCAGCAUGGAGUAGACCCUCUCAGAGAGCUGGAGGAGCAGCAUGGAGUAGACCCUCUCAGAGCUGGAGGAGCAGCAUGGAGUAGACCCUCUCAGAGCUGGAGGAGCAGCAUGGAGUAGACCCUCUCAGAGCUGGAGGAGCAGCAUGGAGUAAACCCUCUCAGAGAGCUGGAGGAGCAGCAUGGAGUAAACCGUCUUAUGCAAAUGGUAGGACGUGACCUCGCCAUGCUGCCUAGAGCAGCCACAACACCAACUUGUUGGUGCCAUCUACUCAAGGGGUCUCUCUCCCUUCCCGUCUUCUCUCUGUCUCUUUCUCUCUACUCUGUAUGGCAAAGCUCUGACUCACUGAAUACCAGACUGAUAGGGGUGCUAGUACUACCCACUGGUCUACACUAAGUCCCCCUCCAAGGUGGCUUUAAGGAAGAAGGAAACAACUACUCAUUACUGGAGUUGUUCUAUAAUCGUGCAUUGUUGGAUUUCACUUUGUUUUCGUCUUUGUGUUGUUUCAAAGUGUGUGACGGCACACGUCUCUUCAAAGACUAAACAAGGUGAGGUACAUUCAUUUAAAUAUAGAAAAUGGAUUUUUACUAAGCCAUAGGUUUCUAAUUUUUUUUUUUUUUUUUUUGUGGCAACUUUUUCUACUACUUAUAAGAAUGUACGUUUAUGGUGGAUAAACAACAUAGUAUCACUGUGUGAACUGCUUGACAUUUCAGCUUAGCAAGCCGUAAGGGACCAAUGGAGAGAGUCAGAAUCCUGUUAUGUAAAAAGUAAGAUAUAUAUAUAUAUAUAUAUAUAUAUAAACAAUUAUACUAUUAUAAAGUAGGGUCAAUGUUCUAUAUAAAGGAAUUACAAGUCAAUGUAGCAGCAGAUUUAAUAAGUAAUGUUUUGGUUUGUAUUUGUGUUUGUAAGAUAUCCUAUUGCCACACGCCUAAACCUGCAAGCUGCCUAUUUAUACCAAUUUGGAUUGUGUUCGUUUUGGUAUGUCCACAGUCUUGAUGUCAUUCGAGUUUCUUGCUCUAUUUCAGCAUGUUUUUUUAAAUACGGUACCGCAAACCAUCACAAUAGAAAGACAAUUGUUUGUCUACAAGCCCCAAAAGAUAUCUGAUUGUUUGUCUACAAGCCCCAAAAGAUAUCUGAUUGUUUGUCUACAAGUGUACUUCUUCUGACCUACGUGCAGGUUUACCUGUGUGGCCAUCAGGUUGUUUUGAGUUUCUUAUUUUUAAUGUAUUCUUCUUUUGUAUUCCUCUUGAACAGUCUGCUGUUUGGAUGCAUUCUAUGUAUCUAUCUGUGUUACUACAAAACAUCUGACUCUGUUCUGAAACCAGGGGAGGUCAGAGACGCUCUGUUCUGUUCUGAAACCAGGGGAGGUCAGAGACACUCUGUUCUGUUCUGAAACCAGGGGAGGUCAGAGACACUCUGUUCUGUUCUGAAACCAGGGGAGGUCAGAGACACUCUGUUCUGUUCUGA